AUGGCCGGACAUGCGGACAACCUGGCCGACGGACUCAACGAAUUUUCGCAUACGCUCCUGACCACUGCGCGAGCAAUCCAGGAGACACGUUCUCAGGUUGCACACUUCGAAAUCGAGCUUCGCCAGGUCAGACACGAGCGGGACGAAGCUAUCGCAUCGAUGCAUGAACUCGAAAGAAGGGUGCAAGACAUGCAGAGCAGAAUGGAAAGUUUGAAGGCGGCGAUUGUCCACGAGGCAGGGCUUGUAUCACAAGCUCGUGCUGACACCGAGCGGUGGAAGGAGCAGUGUGUCCGCUCGGGCGACGCCUCCCGACGUGAGGUAGAAGACUGGAAAGCUCAGUGGAAACGAGCGGAGGAGGAACGCUCGCGUUUACAAGCGCGUCUGAAUGAGUUCGAGUCACCUAUCACCAAGUCAGGCAAUGCACCGUCUACCCCAAGACUAGACCCCAAUGUCCCCACCGCCUCGACAAUGGUGGUACGUUCUUCCUCAGCAUCAUCGAAGUACGUUACCUCCUCUCGUGCCACCACCGUGACCGCCGCCAAAAAGAAUCGAAUUUCGAACGCCACUCCCUCCGCGCAAACGCCUGGCGCGAAACCGAAACCAUCUGCCACUCCUGCCGCCCCAAAACGGACGGCCUCUGGAGCGCCAGUCAAGACACGAGUGAUACGACAUGUCCAAGCGGUCGUGGAUGUACCAAUUAAGGAAGAAAAUGACGAACAAGUGCAGGUAUCAAGCUCAGUGCCAGGUCCAGCCUCUAGCACCGUCCAGCGCUCGCGCCCUGCCACUGGUUCAGCGACUACAACACCCCGAUCAAAGAAAACUCAGCCUGAAUCCAAUCGUCGCGAAUCGGAAUCAGAGAACGACGAUGAAAAUGACGAAUCAGAGGGAGAGUCCUCAGAUGAUUCUGAGGAAGAGUCUGAGUACGUAGAUAACGCGAUGGCACGGAAGAGGCGGCGGCCAUCAUACCCAGUCAAUCGCAGGCGUGGACUAUUCCAUGAUGAUGAUGAUGAUGAUGAUAUAGAUGAGCUAGCGCUUGGUGUUGAUGAAGAUCCUGCCGAGGUUUAUAGGGCACGCGAAAUCGCUCGGAAAGUCCAACAGCUGAAAAACAACCCGAGCACUCCUGCAACACGAAGGACUGGUACAACGACGGCAACCCCUUCGACCGCGCAAAAACGAAAACAGAGGCCGUCAGAGGCUGGCAGCGUCACCGCCUCGGCUAGAAAACGGCGGUGA